AUGCCAAAUCGCUGGAGGCCAGAUUUUACAAAAGAAGAAAAAGAGAAGGUUCUUCAAUUUCUGCUACAACACUCCAAAGAUGGAGUUCUUCAAAGAGGGACACCAAAAGAGGCAGCUGCAGUGUUGGGAGUUUCAGUGCGGUCAGUACGACAAAUAUGGACAACUGCAAGCCAACAAUUAAAGAAUGGUGAAGUUGUGCAUUUUCAAAAUAGAAGAAAAGGUGUGCAACAUUUUGACAAGAUGAAGCCUAAUGAAGACAAUAUAAGAGCAUUACCUGUCAAAGAUAGAGGUACAAUAAGGAGGAUGGCAAGUAAGUUAGGCAUUUCCAAAUCUCUUGUUGGUGAAUGGAUCAAAGAUAAACAGCUAGGAGCUCACACAAGUGCUGUGAAGCCACUACUUACAGAAGAAAACAAACUAGCACGACUUAAAUUCAGUUUAAGUCAAUUGAAUUCUGCUGCCAACAUUGAUGGGAAGUUCACAUUUAAAGGUAUGCACAAUGUAGUACACAUUGACGAGAAAUGGUUUUACAUGUCAAAUGUGGCAGAGAGGUACUACUUGCUGCCGCACGAAGAAGAUCCUUAUAGGACAUGCAAAUCGAAGAGAUUCAUUCAAAAGAUCAUGUUUUUGUGUGCUGUCACCAGACCAAUAUUUAAUGAAACAGGGGAGAUGAUUUUUGAUGGCAAAAUAGGGAUUUUCCCCUUCACUGAAGUGGUACCCGCACAAAGGAACUCUAAAAAUAGAGUUCGAGGCACAAUGGAGACAAAGCCAAUACAGUCAAUUACAAAAAGCAUCAUCAAAGACUGCAUCAUAAACAAGGUUAUACCAGCAAUUAAGGAGAAAUGGCCAGAGGGUGCAAGUAAAGUUACCCUGAUUCAACAAGACAACGCAAAACCACAUCUAAAAUCAGACGACCUAGAAUUAAUUGAGGCUGGGAAUUCAGAUGGAUUCAACAUCAGCUUAAUGAGUCAGCCACCAAAUUCCCCUGAUACAAACAUAAAUGACUUGGGAUUUUUUCGAGCAAUUCAGUCUUUGAAGGAUGAGAAGAGUGCAUAUAAUGUGGACCAACUGGUGGAGCAUGUGAAGAAUGCAUUUGAAGAGUUAAGUGCAUAUACAAUUAACAAUGUUUUUCUUACCUUGCAGUGUUGUUUAGGUGAGAUAAUGAAGGAAAAGGGAGGCAACAAUUACAAAAUUCUACAUAUCAACAAAGCCAAGUUACAAAGAAAUGGACUUCUGCCAGACAACAUUCAAGUAGAGGAAAGCAUCAUCAAAGAAUGCUUGGAUUACUUGAUGCAAAAAGAGCUUGAAGCAGGUUCAAGUUACGACUUACGACCUCUGAAAAGUACUUUUGGUUAUGAAUCAUAG